AUGAAAGCUCUCAGCCGGAUUGACGGGUCCGUAUGCGGCGCGAUUCUCUCGACUCGACCCUCGGCCGCUCGAGCUGCAGUUUCUUCCCGCCCCAAGCUCCGAGACGACAGGCCCACGAGGGCGCCGGCGCCUCAAUGCCGUCGAAAGCACACCGCAGAUGCUCGAGCACAGGGCCCCCAUUGCCCGCAGACUGCCUCAUGGCUACUGUCUACCUUCCUGCCGGCGCCCUCGAAACGCCGACGGCCUACAUACGAAGCCCUCCGCGGCCGCCAACGAGUCCAGCAAUACAGCCAUGCGAACGGCGCGGCAACCGCAGCGGCCAAUGGUACCGACACCGCAAACGAUAAGGUCGUACUAUCGGGAAAAGCGAAAAGAAAUCUUCUGCAGUACAUCCAUCCGCAUAAGGACGUGGGCACGGUAGAGGAACACCUCGAGUUGCUACGAGACCCGUACCUCAACAGGUACGCCCAGCCGGAGCCGACCAGAUUAUUUGUGUCUGAAAGGAAGGUGGAAGACCAGUACCCGUCAUUCCAGGACGCAGUCCAUGGAAGCCAUUCUCUCGAGGAAUUGGUGAAAAAGUUGGCCUAUGCGGUAUACAUAAGACAACGAUAUCCCUGGAGAAUGAGUCUGGAAGCUCUGUACGAGGUGUACACGACAUUGCCAGAACCACGCAUGAUCCAGAUGCCCGCGGUGCUGCGCCAUAAGUUGCUCGCCGCCUUCGGUGUGCCGAGGAAAAGGGACUCGCGGACCAUGCUGCGAUAUUUCUCGCUGAUCGGGGAGGUCAAGGACUGCGGCCUUGCACUGCGAAGGAGCGAAUGGAAUCACGCUCUGUCGCUUUCAAGUCGAUAUGUUGGAAGAACUACAGAGACGGAGACCGAGGCAGCUUUGCACUUGUGGAAGGAGAUGGAGGCGACCGGGGCAAAGGGCAAUGAGGUCACCUUUAAUAUCCUCUUCGACGCUGCUUCCAAAUCCGGAAACUUCGAAUUGGCCGAGAUGAUCUACAAGGAGAUGGAAUCUCGGGGUAUCUUCUUCGGCCGGUACCAUCACGUCAGUCUGAUACACUUCUUCGGCCUCAAAAGGGACGCCGACGGUGUGCGGGCGGCGUACAAGGAGAUGGUUCAGGAUGGCCAGCUCGUCGACACAGCUGUGCUGAACUGCGUGAUCUCGAGCUUUCUCAGAUGCGGCGAGGAAUUAGCCGCAGUGAGGGUUUACAGGUACAUGAAAACCAACGUUGCAAAAGGGGGCGAGGACCUGCCCGAACGCAAUUACAACCACAAGAAGCUGGCUACCACUGUGCUCGAGAUGCUUACCAGGGUCGCAAAAAAGUACCCGGAGCUGCGUCCCAAGUAUCAAGAACUAGCCACCAUCAAACCCGACCUUCGAACGUACCGGACCCUGCUGGAGUACUUCUGCGUCAAGACCGGCAACUUCGAGAGGGUGGUGCAGUAUCUCGAUGAGAUGAGGCACUUCCAGGUCCCGAUUCACGGCAGCGUCUUCCUCAUGCUGUUUAAAGGUUUCAGCUCACACGGCGGCGAGUUCAGGUCUGACUGGAGCCCUGCACGGCUGCAAAAGGUGUACGGGGCAUUGAUCGAAUCUCUAGACACGGGGCCGCGUCGGCGUCCCUCCAACGAUGUGUCAGACGACUUAUAUCUCGACACUUGGCUCGUCAUCUGGGCGCUUCGGGCUUUUAGAAAGUGCACAACUCCCAACAACGUACUGAGCGUCUACGACCAGUUAAAGGAGAGAUGGGAUAUCGGAGAGGAAAGGGCCGAGUUCAUGAACGCAUAUGUCAACAAUCUGUUGGCUGGAAGGGACUCGACAGUUUUCCCGGGGUUUCAUGCGAAACCCAAGGCUGGGAAGAGACGGCCUCUGUAA